CACAAACGCAGUUUAUCGUCCAUCGUUUGGACAAUUACACUGCUCUCCCAGUGGCUUAUUCUAAAAGCCUUACUGUCAUUGGAAUCCACUCUGGUCUUCUGAUAUCCGUUUUACCUCUUCUUGCCAGACGCAACCAUGGCCGAGCGGUACAUCCCCGAACAUCGACGUACGCAAUUCAAGGCAAAGAACAGUUUCAAGCCUGAUGAACUGCGUCGACGACGUGAAGAACAACAAGUUGAGAUUAGACGACAGAAGAGAGAAGAGAAUCUAGCCAAGCGAAGAGGUGUUCAGCGAGGCAAUGGAGAGAUUGGCAUUGGUGGAUUGGCUGAUGCCGAUAGCGAUGACGAGGCCGGAAACAUCGAGAGCGAGUUGAGCACAGAACUACCAGAAAUGGUCAAGGGGGUUUUCUCCGACCAGAUUGAUGCCCAGAUCCAAGCUACAACCAAGUUCAGAAAACUCCUCUCCAAAGAACGCAACCCUCCCAUCGAAAAGGUCAUCGAGACCGGCGUUGUUAGUCGAUUUGUUGAGUUCCUGCGCUCACCCCACACAUUGGUCCAAUUUGAGGCCGCUUGGGCUCUUACAAACAUCGCAUCAGGAUCUGCAGCGCAGACACAAGUGGUGAUCGAGGCUGGAGCUGUCCCCAUUUUCGUGGAACUCCUCAGCAGCCAUGAGCCCGAUGUUCGUGAACAGGCUGUUUGGGCACUCGGAAAUAUCGCUGGUGACAGUCCUGCUUGCCGUGACUAUGUGUUGAGCCAAGGAGCACUGAAACCCCUGCUGAACCUGAUUGCCGAUGGACGCAAGCUCAGUAUGCUGCGCAACGCAACUUGGACUCUCAGCAAUUUCUGCCGUGGCAAGACUCCUCAGCCUGAUUGGAAUACGAUCCAACCCGCCCUUCCGGUCCUUGCCAAGCUUGUUUACAUGCUUGAUGACGAAGUCCUCAUCGAUGCUUGCUGGGCUAUCUCUUAUCUUUCCGAUGGUUCCAACGAUAAGAUCCAGGCCGUCAUCGAAGCAGGCAUUCCAAGACGUUUGGUCGAACUCCUCAUGCACGCCUCGACCUCAGUUCAGACCCCUGCUCUUCGAUCAGUCGGAAACAUUGUGACCGGAGACGAUGUGCAGACUCAAGUCAUCAUCAAUUGCGGUGCCUUGACGGCUCUGAUGUCUCUUCUCACCUCUCAAAAGGAUGGCAUCCGUAAAGAGGCAUGUUGGACCAUCUCAAACAUCACCGCGGGCAACUCUACGCAGAUUCAGUCCGUUGUUGACGCCGGCAUUAUUCCACCACUCAUUCAUCUCCUAUCGAAUGGUGACUUCAAGACCCGUAAGGAGGCAUGCUGGGCAAUCUCAAACGCCACUUCAGGAGGUUUGCAGAAGCCUGACCAGAUCAGAUACUUGGUUUCACAAGGCUGUAUCAAACCACUCUGCGACCUAUUGGCUUGUCCUGACAAUAAGAUCAUUCAGGUCGCCUUGGACGGUUUGGAGAAUAUUUUGAAGGUUGGCGAGAUGGACAAGGAAGCUGCCGACGCCCGUGCUCCCGAAGCUCAAGUCAACCGUUACGCACUGUUUAUUGAGGAGGUCGGUGGCAUGGAAAAGAUCCACGAUUGCCAAAACAAUGCCAACGAAGAGAUCUACAUGAAGGCAUACAACAUCAUCGAGAGAUACUUCUCGGACGACGAAGAUGCCGGAGCGGAUAUCGAAGAGCUUGCCCCUCAAGCAAAUGCCACUGGUUUCACCCUCGGCUCAAACCAGCCUCAAGGCCAGUUCAACUUCGCCAACGGCAACGAUUCGAUGGACAUGUGAUUAAUUUGAGCCUCAAAACUCAUCAUGGGAUGUAUUGUGAUGGCCGCCACCAAAUAUGCGCCAUGAUGAGCCCCUAGCCACGUCCCGAGGUCCCCAGUCAGAAUCGUGACAAGCCUAUCAGCAACCAGCCUGAUGUCUCCCAGAACCCCAUUUGGGCCUCACAGGACGCACCCCAGCGUCGUUUCUUGCUGAAUUUGCAUGCGAGGACUUUCUCUCGCCCCUCCACCCCCAUCAUUUCACACAUCCAGCACAAUCGCACUUACCCACCGGCCUCACGAUGAAUGCGACAAUAUCUACGACCAACACCAAGAUUCACCAUCAUGUAUACCCCCCAAACCCAGUUGACAUAUCACCAACACCAACACCGGACCCAGCAUGCGAUAGAGGCGUUAGCGUUUGGGGAGGAUUCGAGUAUCAAGCUCGCACAUCAUCCAAAGGGGAGAUUGGAGUGAUGUAUGAAAUGGCAGACGCAGCCAAAUUUCCAGGCAACCAAGUUUCAAUCAAUGCUCUGCUGUAACCACCCGCAGUACUUCGAGUGCUUUCUAGCCCAAUACAAGAAAUUUCAAUUAAUAA